AUGGAGCUGGAAUCCUCGCAGGAGCCGCCGGUGAAGAGGCGCAGAUUCUUCAAGGAUGCGGAUGAGCCUUCGUCCGAUCCGGCGGCGUUUAGUCCGAAGCGCGAGUACAGCUCGUCGCUCGAGCCGAGGCGGUUCUUCAAGACGGAGGACGAGGAUGACGACGACGAGGUAAUACCGAAGAAGGAGGACGACGGGGCACCAAAGAAGGAAGAGGCUGAUUCCUCAGGGCAACAAGACUCGUCGGCGGUCACUUUCGAUCGGGACACAUUCGAGAGCUUUGUUGGAGGCAAAGUUGCCGCCAACGUCCUGCGUACGAUUCAGCAACACUGCGGAAACAACCUUGAACGAGCCGUCAACAUGUACUUUGACGGCACCUACAAGAAGCUCAUGAUGAAGUCGAAGCCCCCAUCUGCGAGCCGGACACAGUCUACGGAUGGGCUGAUCCAGCCGUCGCCGCUUCCAAUUCGACGCAACAUGCCAUCCGCACGAUACGUGGGCGCUUUCGGCGUCGAGGGGUGGGCUACCAGAAGCGGCACGAAUCUCUUGAAGCAUGGUGAAGCCGUCAGGAUCGAGCGACAAAAGAUACAGCCUCCUCCGCCGCCAAAGACGAAGCCCCGGCUCGGAGUCCCCCCUACCCCGGUCAAAACGAACACGGCUGCCUCGAGACGAGUCGACGUCAUUGUGCGAUUUACGAACCAAAGGGGCCAGGAGAUUGGGCGUCUGGCCAAGGAUACGGCUAAUUGGGUGUCGACAUUGAUGGACCAGAAGAUUUGCAAGUUCGAGGGUACAUGCGUGUACUGCCCUGAGCGUGCACGAACAAACGACACCGUCUUCCUCCAGCUGCGAUGCUUCCUGCUCGACUCUGCCUUUGUCGACCGCGGCUUCACCCCCGCGAGCGAUGCGUCAGCUACCUGGUUCGAACAACAGACUGAAACAGCGCAAGAGAAAGAACUUCGACUGAGGCAGGUUGCGCUGGUCAGGCUGUUUCAAGAGAUCAAUCUCCAGCCCGUCAUCGCCAACGCUGCCGCGAAAGAUGGGAGGUCGGGGCUUCUUCAAGCCGCCGAAAUGGACGAGCAGAAGCAAAAAGAAUCCAAGAAGGCGGUUGCGAAUGGUAACAAGGAGUCUGGAAACUCAUCACCGUCUGAUGAGGCAGAAGAAGGAGAGGAGCUGGAACAAGACCAACUCGAUGCGCUGUAUAAAAAGGCCCAGACAUUCGACUUUAACAUGCCCGAAGCAGAGCCGGCGAGCACAUUUGCCAUGACGCUUCGCCCCUAUCAAAAGCAAUCCCUACAUUGGAUGAUGGCCAAGGAGAAGGACGAAAAGAGUCACAGGGAGCCAUCGAUGCAUCCGCUAUGGGAGGAAUAUGUGUGGCCUGUCAAAGAUGUCGACGACAAGGACCUGCCUGUAGUAGAGGGACAGUCCAAGUUUUACGUCAACCCGUACUCUGGCGAUCUGUCCUUGGACUUUCCGGUUCAGGAGCAGCACUGUCUCGGCGGGAUCCUUGCUGAUGAGAUGGGGUUGGGAAAGACGAUUCAGAUGCUCAGCCUGAUUCAUACGCACCGAUCCGAGAAUUCUCGGAAUACCGGACACUCCUCCCUGGACGGGUUGAGCCAGCUCCAACGCUUGGGCAAGAAUUCGCCAAACGUCUUGGAUGCGCCUCGCACAACGUUGGUGGUGGCCCCGAUGUCACUACUGUCACAGUGGUAUAGCGAGGCCGAGAAGGCUUCCGUGGCCGGCAGCAUGAAGAUUCAGCUAUACUACGGCGCUGAAAAGGCACUGAAUCUGCAGGCCCUCUGCUGUGGCUCCAGCGCCCCAGACCUCGUCAUCACCAGCUAUGGCGUUGUUCUGUCAGAGUUCACCAGCAUUGCCGCGAAGAACGGCGACAGGUCUUUGCACAAUGGCAUCUUCUCUCUCAAGUUCUUUCGCGUGAUCCUUGACGAGGCACAUUACAUCAAGAAUAGAGCGUCCAAGACGGCACGAGCGUGCUACGAGAUCUCAGCCGACCAUCGAUGGGCGCUGACGGGCACCCCCAUUGUCAACAGACUGGAAGACCUAUUCAGCUUGGUGCGUUUCCUGGGCGUCGAGCCAUGGAACAACUUUUCGUUCUGGAAGACCUUCAUCACCGUGCCAUUCGAAUCUGGCGACUUUGUGCGCGCCUUGGACGUGGUGCAGACGGUCUUGGAGCCACUGGUCACCCGAAGAACCAAGGACAUGAAGACGCCGGACGGCCAGCCACUGGUGCAGCUCCCGCCGAAGCAGAUUGAAAUUGUUGAGGUGGAACUCUCAAAGCCAGAGCGAGACAUCUACGACCACAUCUUCAACAAGGCAAAGAACACUCUUACCAGGAAUGUCGAGGCCGGAACGUUGCUCAAGGCGUUUACGACUAUUUUUGCUCAGAUUUUGCGGCUCCGUCAGUCGUGCUGCCAUCCUGUUCUGGUCCGUAACAAAGACAUUGUUGCCGAUGAGGAAGAGGCUGGCGCUGCGGCCGACGCGGUCACGGGCCUGGGCGACGACAUGGACCUUGAAUCGCUCAUUACCCAGUUCACCGCCAUUACGGACGAAGCCACCAAGGACAAGCAGACGUACGGGGCGCACGCGCUGGACGAGAUCCGGAACGAAGCCGAAAAGGAAUGCCCGCUAUGCUUUGACGAGCCGAUGAAUGAGCAGAUUGUGACUGGGUGCUGGCACUCUGCGUGCAAAAAGUGCCUGAUGGAUUUUAUCAAGCACGAGACGGAUCAUGCCAGGGUGCCAAGGUGCUUCAACUGCCGUGCACCGCUCAACCAGCGAGACCUGUUUGAGGUUGUGCGUCACGACGACAGCGACGAUGCGUUUGCUUCAUCAAAGCCUCGAUACAGCCUUCAACGACUCGGCCUCAACUCGUCGUCCGCCAAGAUUGCUGCGCUGAUAUCGGAGCUCCGGGCACUACGCCGAGAGCGGCCCAACAUGAAGUCGAUUGUCUUUUCGCAAUUUACAUCCUUUCUGUCCUUGAUCGAAACUGCCCUUACGCGCUUCAACAUCAAGUUUCUGCGCCUCGACGGAAGCAUGUCGCAGCGGGCCAGAGCAGCGGUGCUGCAGCAGUUUACAGAGAGCAACGGCUUCGUGGUGAUGCUGAUGAGCCUGCGAGCUGGAGGCGUGGGCCUGAACCUCACAAGCGCGGGGCGCGUGUUCAUGAUGGAUCCUUGGUGGAGCUUCGCCGUGGAGCUGCAGGCGAUUGAUCGGGUGCACAGACUCGGGCAGCAGGAUGAGGUGGUGGUGAAGAGGUUCAUUGUGAGGGGAACUGUGGAGGAGAGGAUGCUCAAGAUCCAAGACAGGAAGAAGUUUAUCGCAACAUCACUGGGUAUGAUGAGCGAUGAGGAGAAGAAGCUGCAGCGGAUCGAGGACAUUAAAGAACUCCUCAGCUAG